AUAACUGGUCUAUUGUGCUAUAGGGGCUGUUAGCGACCGUGCAGUCAAGGCGGAGUCAUGAAAACGCAAGUGAAUUCCACCGGGGUCGGUGAACAGAGCCUGCCGGUUUUCAGCAUCCAGACGUACGACAAUAACGCAUUCAGCGACGCAGAACGCCUUCGGAGCAGCAAGCUGGACGUUGCUCAAGGAGACGAGAAGACACGCUGGAAGCAGAGAGAUUUCCCUGAAGGGAAUCAGCUACCUGACAGCCCCAAGGACAAGCGGCUUCUUGCUCGGCUGAGGCGGAAAGCCUGGCUUCUGCCCCUUAUGCACUUCCAGUUUUGGACUUCGGCUGCCUUUUCGCUGAUCCAGCCUUUUUACCCAGCACUCGCUGCAUCUGCAGGCUUGGAGGCGUGGAAGUAUGGAUUCGUUUUCUCAACCUACAAAAUGGCCAUGCUUAUCGCUUCGCUUUCGGCAGACCGUUUGAUGGCUCUAAUACACCCUCUCAAAAUAUCUCUGUAUGCAGUUGUAGGUUUCUUCAUUUUCUCGCUGGUCUUCGGCGCGCUGUAUUGGUCGCCUGGAGGAAACACUUUGCUAGGGCUUUCUCUGGCAUUAGUCCUCCUUGGAGGAUUUACUCACGUUCUUUACCUGGUGACAGUGUACUCAAUAGUGACAUCCAGAUUUCCCGGAAGCCCCGGAGUCCUCAUUGCGACGUUUGAAUGUGUCUGGGGUGUCGGAAAUAUGGUCGGAUCAAUCAUCGGUGGAGCGCUGAUCGACAUCUGGGCCUUCCCUCUGCCAUUUUUCGUGACGGGCACUAUCAUGAUUCUGGCCUUACCAUUCAUACCAAAGGAAAGGGACGCACCGGGCCAGAAGCCCAAUGCCCCACCAGAAACUAAAAGUGGGGGCAACUCUCAGUCAAAUCCAAAGUUAAGGCGACUCCUUUGGGAUCCCAUAUUUCUGAUUGACAUUGUGACGGUGAUGCUGUGUUGGGUCAUCAUGGGUUUCAACGAGCCAACUUUGGAACCUUAUCUUAGACAGUUCGAUCUGACCAGCACCGAAGUCGGCGUCGUCUACAUGGUGCAGUUUAGCAGCUACGCCUUCGGAGCUGUGGCGUCUGGUCUGUUCUGCCACUUUCAGAUGGAGUCAUUCUUCAGUUUUGCAGGCCAGCUCAUGACAGCAAUAGCUUACCUGAUAUUGGGGCCGGCACCGUUUAUUCCCACGUCACCGAGCCUAUGGAUGAUAUAUAUCUCACAGGUCCUAACUGGAGUGGGCAUGUCGGCCCAAUUCAUCUGCUCCUACUGCCACGCUCUCAAGCACGCCACGACACGAGGUUAUCCAGAUGAUGUACGAACAUCUGGAUUUGUUUCAUCUGUUGUUUUUACACUUCUGGUGUUUGGGGCCAUGACUUCACCUCCGAUUGCUGGAGUAUUGGUGGACGUUUUUGGAUACAGGAAAGGGUCCAUGUUCCUGUUUGCUGUUCUUCUAGUUUGGACACCGGUUACUCUCUUCCAAUGGCUCCGGUCGGUUUGCUCUACGAGUUCGAAAAUUCGAGUCACAAUGGCUCAAGCGUGAGUUUUUAGCUCGUGUAUUACGAUGAAUGCGUGUAAAUAAAAUAAUUGUACUCUUUGUUCUGCCACUACACAAGCCUUAUCGAACUAAAAACAACCUUGCAAAACAAGA